UCAUUUAAUUAGCAACAAGGUUGGGUCAAGAAACAAGACCAAAUCUGCACGAUCGAACGAAACGUUUGAAAAUACUAGCACAGCAGCCGAACUAAAAAACAAAUCAACACCGUUUGGCAUAUUUCGGUUCAAACGGUUUCAGUUAUUUUAAUGUGCAUUUCAAGCUUUAGCAGGGCAGAAACGCAAGACACCGAUUAUGGCAAGUGUACUUGAGGAUCCGACUUUGGAGAGACAUUUCAAAGGCCACAGAGACACGGUCACCAGUGUGGACUUCAACCCGAAUAUGAAGCAGUUGGCUUCAGGAUCAAUGGAUUCCUGCUUGUUGGUCUGGAAUUUCAAACCCCAGAUGAGGGCCUACAGAUUUGUCGGUCACAAGGAUGCUGUUCUCUCAGUUAACUUCUCUCCCUCUGGUCACUUGGUAGCCUCUGCCUCAAGAGACAAGACAGUCAGGUUAUGGAUUCCCAGUGUCAAAGGAGAGUCCACUGUGUUCAAGGCCCACACAGCGACAGUGCGGAGUGUGGAGUUUUCAAGUGACGGACAGUACCUUCUCACAUCAUCAGACGACAAAACGGUCAAAGUCUGGGCGGUGCACCGCCAACGUUUCCAGUUCUCCCUCAGCCAGCACAUGAACUGGGUGCGCUGUGCCAAGUGGUCGCCCGACGGCCGUCUCAUCGUGUCCGGCAGCGAUGACAAGACCGUCAAGAUAUGGGAUCGGACGAGUAAAGACUGCAUCCACACAUUCUUUGAACAUGGAGGCUUUGUUCACGACGUGGCGUUCCACCCUAGCGGGACGUGCAUAGCAGCUGCAGGCACAGACAGCACAGUCAAAGUGUGGGACAUCCGAAUGAACAAGCUCUUACAGCAUUACCAAGCCCAUACGGCAGCAGUAAACAGCUUGUCCUUCCAUCCAAGUGGCAACUACCUCAUCACCGCCUCUAACGAUUCCACCUUGAAGAUCCUGGACUUGCUGGAAGGCAGGCUGUUCUACACCUUGCACGGCCACCAGGGCCCUGCCACGGCUGUUGCAUUUUCCAGAACGGGGGAGCACUUUGCAUCCGGAGGGGCAGAUGAGCAGGUGAUGGUUUGGAAGACUAACUUUGACCAGAUUGACUACAACGAGGUCUUGCAGUCUCAUCGGGCACGGUCCCAGAGUAACCCUGCCCCCCCGCACAUCCAUGACAUCCAUCCGCGAUCCCCACACCACAGGCACACUGUCAGGACAGCGGGUGCCGACAUCAAUGCCCAUGCCGAGCCCAAGAACAUGGGCGCCGUGACACCCAACGUGACCAACCUUGGGCCAGCACUAUUCACACAGUCAAGGCAGAAAGGCCUGGUCAACGGAUCCGUGGACACGCCCAAAGGGUUCUCGGGAUUGGACAUGACCUCGGCAGACAUGGAGAGACGAGAUCUGGAGGAGGGGCGGGGCAUAAACACCCACCAUUCCUCCACCGUACCCCUUGAAGUCAAAGAAAUGCCCCCUGCUCUGUCUAAGACCCUGGAGAACUUUGUGGGCCAGCUGGAUGUUCUCACACAGACGGUGAACAUCUUGGAGCAGCGACUGACUAUGACGGAGAACAAGUUGAGGGAGGUGCUUGACAACCAGCAGAAGAUAACGCUGCAAGUCAGGCCCACCGAAUAAACCCAGGGGGGAUUCUCUAAACUGCACUUCAGGCGUCAUUCCUUCGUAACUCCUCUCAACACAAAGGCCCUUCUUUUUUUUUUUUCCAGAGGAGUAGCCGAGCGCUUACAUGCAGCAUACUGGCAAGCUGCAGACUUAAUUUUGUGCAGUAAAACUGGUCACCAACCAUACAAUAUUGCCACUGCCGUGUUCAAUCCCAUGUCAAACGUUUUGUUUUUCAAAGCGGAUGAUAUUUUGGGCAGAAUUUCUGUGUGCUAAUCAGAAUGAGCUGUAGGUCGAUCACAGAUGCCAAAUUUUGCCCGACCUCCGGGUCGGAAGCGGUAGCCUUUUGUUUACUGAGCAGGUCUUUUUACGAUCUGAAAAAUUUCGCCUUGUGCUUAGCAGCUCCACAGUGUUCUUGUUAUUGUUGUCCAACUUGACAAAAAUGUUUUGAAUCACAUUUCAUGGGUUAUGCACACGUACCUGUAUGGCAGUACAACAGAUUCACCUUUUUUUUACGCGUGUUAAAACAUGCCCAUCGACAACACUUAUGUCAGAAAGUCUGGAGAUUUUUUCUCAAAUCCAUCUCUUCCGUUCUUUGUACAUAAUUUUUAUAUACAAAUUGUACAGUUUGUAGUAAGGUUUGUAAGUACACCAACUGGUGUUAGCUUGCAGGAUUUUUUGUUUGAAAUUUCUUAAUUGAUGAGGAUUGAAAGGAAAAGCUGUGGUUUUUUUUUCCUCUGACAUCACAACAGUGCCGCAUUGCACAAGACAGAGACUCUGAUUGGGAGUUUCUACUGGAUUGUUCUUGAUGGCCUCUUCAAAAAUGUCUUUCUCUGACCUGGGGGUACUUUCAAUUAGUUUCCAUGGUAACAGAUCUUGCCCGUCAUACUGGGCACGUAGCUACACAAAGUACAUUGUAACUGAGUAACUGAGGACCUACCCCCACCCCCUCACCUAUUGACUAGAGGCAUGGGUCGCUAGAUCAUUUCAGGCCCCACACACUCACACUUGACUUUUUUUUGUGCUGAUCAAAAACAAAGCCAAUUUUGCCACAGCACUAGCUUCAUAUUUCUCUCGUACAGUGUACCUGUAUGUGUUUUGCCCUUAGAUUUUGUUAGGUUUUACAUAUUUCUUUCUUGACAGGCCUACUUGCCAAUCCCCCCCCCCAACCCUUUCAUCAUCAACACCCUUGCAGGUAACCCUUCAAGUGCGUAGAUGUAAACUGUCAAAUUCCUUCAGAAAAUCUGUUGACUUGUGCAGGACUCUAUCUUUUAUGUUAGAACUUUAACCGUUUGACCCAGCUCAGAUUACUGAUAGCAUUUGUCUCUUUUUUUUUUUAUUGCAUGCACGUGGGUGUAGCAUUGUGUGCAUGUUCAACUCCACGAUAAUGGCGAUGAGAGAAAGAUUUCAGACCACAUUGUUUUCGGUGGGUUGGGUGGGGUGUGUUAUUUGUUUUGGUUCGUUUUGUCUCGGUUUUGAUGCUCAUAAUUCUCUCUUUUGAGUUUGCUUGUUUGUUUUUGGUUUUGUUUGCUUUCCUUGUGCAGUAUUAUGUUUGAUUUGGUCUUUGUGGUGGCUACGUUGUUUAGAGUAUCUGAUUUUCACGUCAGUUGAUGAUGAAGAAUGCUAGUGAGGCUCGUACUUGGUAGAAGUUACAAUCAUUGUUCAUUUUUCUCAGGUCUUAUGGUCAGUGCUAUUAUUUUUCCAUCAUCAGCACAGAGUUAUUGAGAAGCAAAGUCUUGUUCUGGUUAUUUUUACAACUCAAACCUGUCAGCUAAGUUUGCUAGUGAAAAUGCAUGCAUUGACUGCACCCAUCUAGUGAGUUUAUGUGCCGUCACCCAUUUCCACCUGAAAAAGAAAAGCAUUUUCGAGAGAGCAAAGUUCAUUCUCAACCAAUUUGAUUGAGUGAUGAUGGCCUUAAAAUUGUCUGCUCAAACUACAGAGUUGUAGCAAGGCCUUAGAUUUUUUAGGGCGCUUCAGAGAUACAUGUAUAAGCCAGAUCCUUCUAACACUA